AUACAAUAUAAAUUGUGAAUUUGAGUCAGAUCAGAUAACCCCCUACUGAUGAGCCAAAUAUAUAAAGUUAGUUCGAGAAAUUUGUUAAACAUGAGGCCGGAAAUUUUAUAAUUUUAAAAAAUGGGUGGACACGGUGGCUUGAACAUACUUCCACAGAAAAAGUGGAAUGUUUACAGGCACGACCGGCAGUACCAGGUCAAAUUCGACGAACAUCGGGAUAUAGAAAAAAAGCUCAACGAUAAAGAGAAAUUAAAGAGGGAAAGGUUAAGUGAUUCCUUGGUAGAAUUAAGGAGAAGGGCACAGGAUACUCAAAACAGAGAUGUUGAUGUAGAAACUGAGCUUAAAGUUGAGGAUAGAAGUGGGUUUAAGGUUAAAAGGUUAAAAAGAGAUAAAAAUAAACAUAAAGAUAAAGGAGAUGAAUUUAAAAGUGAAAAAAGUGAUUUAUUCCCUGAAUUAAAUGAAGAUAUAAAGAAGGAAGAUGGGAAGAAAAAAACGGGGCACAUUAAUUUUUUCGAAAAGGAGGAAAGAGAAGCUGAAGAGGCGAGUAUUAGGAGAAGAGAACACUUAAUUAAAAGUGGUCAUUACAUUUAUAACUCUGAUUUUAAGGGGCCGAGAAAGGUUAACGUUUACGUAGACGAAGAGAAUGCAAAAGUCACACCAGAUUUUAAAAAACAACAAACACCUUGGUAUAUGAAGCCGAAACCUCCGGAUUCUAAUGAUUUUAAUGAGGUUUCUUACACUGAGUAUUCCCAGUUAGGGAGAGAAUCUAAAAAUAAACAGCGUAAAACUAAGGAGGAAUUACGUAGUGAAAGAUUAUCCAGAGAAUCUUCCGAAAGAGAAAGAGCUUUAGCGCUUUUAAAAUCCAAAUAAUAUAUUUUAAAUUUUA